UUUCAAAUUUUCAUUAUAUUUAAAAUUAUUUUAAUAUACUUAUUAGUGAAGCUGUGCAUAAAAUGAAUGCAUUAAAAGCUUUUGUACAACGCCGAAAUCCUUGUUUUUUAGUCAAUCGCACAGUUACGACUAAAAAGAAAUUUCAUGAUCCUAGCGAAGAAGAUGAGCUUCCAAUUUUCAAGUAUCCACUCAGCAAAAGUACAGAUAAACGUGUUUAUGUAUGGGGGUUGGCCGAGACGGGCGCUCUAGGUAUACACUUACCAAGAGGAAAGAAAAAGGGAAAAAAUGCAUACAAAAACAAUUUUACACUAGUCUGGCAUCCUAUGAGGUCAAGUUUUUGUGAAAGAUUUGAUGUUACCAAAAUAGCUUGUGGCUAUGGAUUCACAGUUGCAGCAGUAAACACUAGCGAGCAGCACAAAGUGUUUGGCACUGGCAUCAACACAGACUCACAGAUUGGCUACCAUGCUCCAAGGAUCGGCCAUCCUCUAGAAUUGCUACUGAGUCCUGCACCCAUUUAUAUACCCUACAAAUCAUUAGAGACAAAGGUUACAGGCUUAGCAGCCGGGAGAGCUCACACAUUAGUUCUAACAGACAAUGAGGGCGUGUUCACACUAGGCAACAAUGCAUACGGCCAGUGUGGUCGGAAGAUUAAGGAGAAUGAGGAGUAUAGAGGUAGCAUGUUGUCUCACAACAUCAAGAGACUUGAUAAUGAAAAGAUAAUAGAUGUGUGCUGUGGACAGGAUCACAGCUUGUUCAUAACAGAAUCUGGAAAAGUUUUCUCAUGUGGCUGGAGUGCAGAUGGCCAAACUGGUCUAGGAACUUUCAAGAAUCAGGAAUAUCCUGCCCAAGUGAAAGGGGACAUCACAAGUGAGAGAAUAGUCAAGUUGGCUUCCACUUCCGAUUGUGUUUUAGCUUUGAAUGAAAAUGGUGAACUGUUUGGCUGGGGAAAUUCUGAGUAUGGACAAGUGCCAAUGACUACCAAGCAACAACAAGUUAAUAUGUCAUACGCUCUUGUGAACUUCACCAAAGGUCUUGGGAAAAUAGUGGACAUUGCUGCUGGAGGCUCCUUCUGCUUGAUUUGUAAUGAACAAGGUGAUGCUUUUGUGUGGGGCUUUGGUUUACUGGGUCUUGGCCCUAAUGUGCAACAUGCAUCAGUACCAAAAUUAAUCCCACCACCAUUAUUCGGAAGAAAUGAAUUUAAUACUGACACAAUGGUUAAGAAAGUAGCUUGUGGCAUCUCACACUUGAUGGCUAUAACCAAUCAGGGAGACCUCUACGCCUGGGGACGAAACCGACACGGCUGCUUGGGACUUGGACAUUCUAAGGAUCAAAAUUUUCCGCUGAAAGUGAAUAUUGGUGCACACGUAACAGAUGUAAAGUGUAGCGUUGAUCACACUGUUGCUAUGUGCAAACCGUUUGCAUAGACUUAAGUUGUAAACUCAAAGUAAUUUUCAAGUAUUGUGAUAAUGUAAAUACUAAAUAUAGUUUAAUAAACAACUCUGUUAAGAAU